CAAUUUUUCGUAUCCCCAACUCUUCAAUUUCAUUCAGAUUCAGAUCUCUCUCUCUAGAACUCAAAAUUUGGGGGAAAAAAUUAUGAUGUACGGACAGAGUAAUGGCUGCGAAUCCGAUUUUCUUCUUCUGGAUUCGAUACGGCGGCAUUUAUUGGGCGAUUCGGAGACUCAGCGGUGUGGGAAUUUCGCCGUCGCCGGAACCGCCGCGCCGGUGUUCUGCCGAAGCUCCAGUUUCGGCAGCUUGUACCCUUGUUUGACGGAAAAUUGGGGCGAUUUGCCCCUAAAGGAGGACGAUUCCGAGGACAUGGUCAUCGCCGGAGUUCUCCGCGACGCAGUCAGAGCCGGUUGGGUUCCGUCGCUCGGCUCUUCCCCGCCGGAGACCUUUAGUUUUGAUUUUUUCGACGUCAAGCCGGAGCCGGAGAUCCUCCCGCCGGUGAAUCUGAUGCCGGAAGUGAGGGAGUUUGAGGCGAAGGUGGUGGUGGAGGCGGCGGCGGCGGCGCCGUCGCCGUUGCCGGCGGUGGUUCCGGCGAAGGGGAAGCAUUACCGUGGGGUCCGGCAGCGGCCGUGGGGGAAGUUUGCAGCGGAGAUUCGAGACCCGGCGAAAAACGGGGCUCGGGUCUGGCUCGGGACGUUCGAGACGGCGGAGGACGCGGCGCUAGCUUAUGAUCGAGCCGCUUAUCGGAUGCGCGGCUCCAAAGCUCUCCUCAAUUUUCCACUUCGAGUCAAUUCUGGCGAACCCGACCCGAUUAGAGUGACGUCGAAGCGGUCGUCGCCCCGAUCGUCGCCGGAGCCUUCGUCGUCAUCCUCGUCGGAGAGUGGGUCCCCCAAGCGGCGGAAGAAGGCGGACGGCACGGCGGUGACGGGAGUUGUAGUGGUGGGGACAAAUGAAAUGCAAGUGGGAGCUGACGAGGCGCAGUGUACAAGUGGCGGGCAAUGAUUGGGUGAGCAGUGCUGAUAGUGAAAGAAGGGGAAGAAGAGAAGAAGAAGCACUUUGCCACUUGGUGAAUUAUUGAGGGACUAAAAAAAAUCUGUAAUUAUUUUUUGAAAAUCAUAUUUUAGGGGUAGAUUUGGUAGGUUUUAUUUUGGAGUUUUCAAAGAUAUAAAAUUUCCCAAAAAAAAAAAUUAAGAAAAAUAGGUGGGAAAGUAGGAUUGGUACAUAAUGGGUGGUUGGAUUUGCUAAAGCAAAUUUGUUGAUUGUUUAAAAAAUAUAUAUCCCUUUUGAAUGGAAUUUUUCUAUUCUUUUCA